GGGACUUGGCUCCCCUCAUUUGAAAGGGAAGGGGUAGAUUUGCUCUUAGAACACAACCCCGGCCACAACCCUCAUACGUAACUCCAGUGAACUCUCCAAUCUCCUGGCACCAAAAGAGUUGACCAAUGUCAAGAACAUUGGCCUCCCACACACCAAUUUCUCCACCCCAAUUCUCUUUCCAAUCACCCGCGGCCACAACCCCCCAAAAUGUUCACAAAUAUUCCUUCACGCCCAUCCACCGCCGCCACUUCCUUGCUUCACUCGCCAUCUCCCUCACCGCCCCCUUCUUGUCCACACCCAUCACCGAAGCUCGCGGCCUCUUCCAAAUGCCCCCUCCUCGGCUCAGCAAUCGGUACUUUUUGGUUAGGGCAGGGGAGUCUGAAUUUGAGAGCAUGGGGAUAAUUAACACCAACCCAGUUGCGAAAACGUCGAUGGAUAACGGAUUAUCGGAGAAAGGGAAGAAGCAGACUGUGAAAGCGGCUUUGGAGUUGAAGGCAAUGGGGGCUUGUGACCAGAAUUGUUGGAUUUGGCCUUCUAUUACCCAGAGAGCUUAUCAGGCUGCUGAGGUUAUUGCUGCUGUGAAUGGUGUCAAUCGCAGUUGUAUAGUCCCUGAGUACAGCUUUUUGGAUGCUCGCGGUCUGGGAGCUUAUGAAGGAAAGAGCUUAGAAUCUGUCUCUGAAGUAUAUGCAUCAGAUAGUCUUUCUCAGAACAUUAAGCCACCCCCUAUCGAUGACGGAACACCAAACGAGAGCGUGGCAGAUGUGUUUGUUCGUGUUAUACAACUCAUGUCAAUUCUUGAAACCCAGUACUCCGAGGACACUGUCGUUAUUGUCUCGCCAGAUUCUGACAACUUAACAAUCCUACAAGCUGGUUUACUUGGACUCGAUCUCCGAAGGCAUAGGGAUCUCUCUUUUGGUCCUGGUGAGGUCAGAUUUGUUGAUCCAAGUAGUAUACCUACUUACAAGCAGCCUGCAUCUGGUUUAUACAAGUGUUUAAAUCCUCCGAGCUGUAAUUGAAAAAGGAGUUGCACUGUUUUACACAAACGUGAUUGGGAUUCGGGUAUUGUACAUAAGCUGAAAUCGUACCUAUUUGUCAAUAUAAGUUCGAUUUUUUUUUUUGAUCUGCAAAAA